UGAGAAAAUUACAGCACCAUUACAUUUCGACGGAAAACAUGGAAAUUCGAGUUAACUGUUUGCAAUAUUUGCUAAAACUGCACUAGUGAUAUUUAGUCAUCAUGAAUAUCAAAUUCGAUACCAGUGAAUUUACACGUCGUCUAAAGCGCACUUUCGACGGGAACAUAUCCUAUCGAAAAUUAUUUUUGUUAUUGUUCUUUGCUGCCGUUUUUCUACUCUAUAUCGGACCUUCCUUUUUAAGGUGGCUUUUUGGACAUAAUGAACCGGUUAAAGAUAAUACAAUUCGCUGCAUGGAUGACCGGUUGACGCCCUUCUACUUGCAAAACUUGGAGUAUAAUGUAAACAUACGGCAUCAGCCAGUUUUUCCUUACGAGCACAAUGCAAUUCCGUACGUUGGAAAUGGUUUCUUCGGAUUAGAAAUUCAAGAAGACGCACAUCUCAAUGUAUUUAAAGGCCGGGCCUUGCUACAGUCGGUAAAUUAUCAUCCGAUUGUUAGCGUCGCUGCCGGUGGCUCCGAAAUGCACCGCGAAGCCACGGUUGUGGAAUACACAAGUGGAAUCGUGCACCGAUUCCAGUGCUUUUCGGAGGGUCAUUUCGCUUCCUAUCAGUACUAUGCUCACAGGACGAUGCCUUCGGUACUGGUACAAGAAAUACAGAUUACCAAUACUAAAAAUCAACUAGUGGACGUUGAGCUGAUAGUACCGAGAAUUUCCGAUUGGCCAACUGCAAUUACCAAGAGUAUUAAAUUACAGCAUGGGUCCUCAAUCCUGGAUUACCAGGUUAUAACUGGAUUAGUUGAAAUGUCCACGCCCGCCGGUGGAAUGUCUGAAGACAAACGUGUUAGAAUAGUUACAAUUGUUGCUCGCAAAAUGUCUCGUGUAAUAACUUUGAAGAAACGUGGGACCACAAAGUUAGAACUGCUGUUGGCCAUUAAUUAUUCCGAACCUAUUCAAAGAGAUAAAUAUCCAACGCAAAAGGAAAUAACCGAGCAAUAUGCAAUUGAUGCAAUGAGCAAAGCACUGCAGGCGGCUGAACACGGAGAGCACAAUGCUUAUUACGCACUUAAACGAGACCACGUAAAGGUUUGGAACAGCUUGUGGGAAACCGGAUUCCAUAUCAGUACGUCAAAGGCCGAGAAUACGCUGAACGGUAAUGACAUAAACGCAACUAUGUACGCGGUUAUUUCUCACAGCAGGGCGUACGAGUUUGAAAAUUUGAGCAGUUCUCAACGAAAGAUGGACAUAGCUAAGGCAUUAACAUACGCAGAAGGAUGCUACGACAGCUAUCACACGUUACAGGCGGAAAAUUUGUGGAAGAAAAUGAGCAAUCUAGAAGAGAUGAACAACGUGGUCGCUUCUUGGAUGUUAACACUGGAAAAGCAAGGAUGUCACAAUCUCCUCAAAGCCGGAGCGAGCGGUGUUAUCCAAGCGAUGGUUCUUAGCUUCGGAGGUUUUCGAUUCAGCAACCAACAUCUAGAGCUAAAUAUACACCCCAAGUUUUUGCACCGAGAUUAUGAUUUCCGUCGACUAAACUAUGGCAAUAUGACUCAUGUGAAUGUUUCAAUUGCUGUUCGUGAUGAUAAUAAAGCCGUCCUAUAUGUAGCACUGGAUCGGUCAGACCGAACCUAUUACGCUUGCGACGCCGGCUGUCUGGACAUACCGAUUCAGUUGGGUCCCACUCGCACUCUAUUUCCAGUGAAACUAACCGAACCGCUUACUUCAAUUCUCUACAUCACAUCCGAUAAGGCACAUAUGGAAGACUUGCGUCACGCAAUACACGUGAAAGAAGUUGUAGAAGCUCCAGCUCACGAACAUCACGUGAUCGCUUUACAUAAGCACGGUCACUCGCUGGGCGGACUUCCAACCUUGUUUUGGGUUUCAAUCUUCGUUAUCAUCAUCGUGUUUCAUGUAUUUCUCUGCAAGCUAAUAGUGAAGGAAUACUGCGAGCCUCCGGAUAAAAUGCGUUAUCGGUACAGUAAACCGUAGAAUGUUAACUUUUCGUUGAGCUCUUGUAAUGCUAGAUUAAUAAGUACAAUUCCGCAAUAAAUGUGACGAUAAGA